GGCAGACCAUGCACCCACCUCUCUCUCUCACCCUCUCUCCACUCCCUCCACAGCCCCAGGAGCCAAACACACGACCAAACCAGACCCUCUCCACAUCUCCAUGGGCGCCCUGAGAAUACCCAGCACCACCGGCGGCGAGAAGGCCAAGGCUUUGGUUGAGAGCGUGGACACGGAGGCGGCGUGCGCGCUGCUGGCCUCGGGCCAGUACGGCUACAUCGACGUGCGGAUGUGGGAGGACUUCGACGCGGGCCACGUCGCCGGCGCGCGCAACGUGCCCUACUACCUCUCCGUCGCACCUCGCGGCAAGCCGGAGCGGAACCCUCACUUCGUGGAGCAGGUCGCCGCGCUCCACGCCAAGGGGGACCGCCUCCUCGUCGGCUGCCGGCAGGGAGUCCGCUCCAGCCUCGCCGCCGCCGACCUCGUCCACGCCGGGUUCAAGAACGUGAAGAACCUGCAAGGUGGCUACCUCUCUCUGCUCAAAAGUGCGAAUCCGCAGCCAACAGCUUACAAUCAGUAACAACCAGACAUCAGCUCAUUAAUUAUCAGGAGUAAGUACGUCAUGUUAGGCAGAUCCAUCGUCAGCCUCAACAUGAAGAAACGGAAAUUCGAAGAAAAGAAACGGAAAGUAACAAAAGUAACCGUUCUCAGUUCAAAUAGUGAUUUAUCUUCUUCGAGAAUAUAUCCUGCGAAAAAAUUGUAUGCAAGUAAAGUUGA